AUAAUCACAUCACAUCAGUUGCUGAGCCACGAGGGCGCGCAACAGGGUUGUGCACUUGCGCGUUCAAGUAUUUGUACCCACAUGCUCGUUCGCAGAGCCAGUCAGCAUUUGACUCAGUAGUGGCAGAGGGGAUAUAGGACUUCCACUUGUCAGUUAGCUAUUCCCCGAUACCGAAAUCAAGUGCAUCCCCUCAGCUAAGAUGUCAAAGUUGGAUCAGAUUCUUAUCCUUGACCCUCCCUCCGACCUCAAAUUUAAAGGUCCUUUCACAGAUGUAGUCACCACCAACCUCAAACUGAAAAACCCUUCUGACAAAAAAGUGUGUUUCAAAGUGAAGACAACUGCGCCGCGCAGAUACUGUGUACGGCCAAACAGUGGUGUCAUCGAUGCCGGAGCAACUGUCAUUAUCUCUGUCAUGCUACAGCCCUUUGACUAUGACCCCAAUGAGAAAAGUAAACACAAAUUCAUGGUGCAGACGAUUUUUGCCCCAUCAACUGUUUCUGAUAUGGAUUCAUUGUGGAAAGAUGCAAAACCCGAUGAUCUCAUGGAUUCCAAGCUGAGAUGUGUCUUCGAGCUGCCUUCUGAAAAUGAUAAAGUGAAUGACGUGGAGGCGACCAAAGCAGCCCCAGUGAUGAACUCUGCAAAGGCCGACUCAUCAACAGCCACGGUGCCUCUCACUGCCUCAAUGGACGAUACAGAGAUGAAGAAAGUGCUGGAGAAGUGCAAGAGGCUGCAAACUGAGAUGAACAAGCUGGCUGAUGAGAACCGGCAAUUAAAGGAUGAUGGUAUGAGAAUGAGAAAGGUACCUCGCUCAGACCACAUGACAUCAAACUCAACUAGCCUCCUCGGCCGAGAAGCCAGCACUGCUUCCCUGCCCUCCCUCCUCGUCGUCAUAGCAGCCAUCUUCAUCGGAUUCUUCCUAGGGAAGUUCAUCUUGUAGACUGGGAGAUGCAUGCCAGCCGUAUCCCCCCCGCCCCGGCUCCGGAAUAAAACAGGCCUGGAAAAAACGAGAAGUCUUUGUGUUGACUUUGCCAUAUCAUUGGUAGUGUGGCCUACAGUGAACACAUCUGUACAGCAUCAUUCAAAGGCGUCGCCUUUUUACAAUCUUACACGGUUAGUUCACACAGAGUUGAGAAAAGGAAGGCGACAAAAAAGUGAUUGCUCCCUUUUUUGUUUUCUGUUUUUUGAUGGCGGGAUUAUACAGGUAAUGUGGUGGAACAAUGAAAGUUAUAUACGAUCACUCAACAUGGAAGAUGCACCUAGAGCGAACCAUGGGCAAGAGGCAGUCAGAUUAAAUUUCUCUCUCUUUUUUUCUUUCUUUCUCUCUGUUUUUAAUAGGAAUUGAAAUGGAAUGUUAGGUGUCUUGUACAUGUUUUAAAUCCUUUUAAACAAAAAAGGAAAGAACUUCCAUCAAAAAGACAUUGCUACCUGUUGCUGGAUUGCCUCUGAAGUAAAUUUGUUCAAUUUGUAAGUUCUACUUCUUGUCUUGGAAUGUUCAGGUCCAGCUGGGGAUAAUAUAGGUGCCUCGUUCUUGUACAUUUCUGUCCUUUCCUUUUUCUCACAACACCAAUGCAGACUUUAUAUAUUAUUAUUAUUAUUAUUAUUAUUAUUAUUAUUAUUAUUAUACAAAUCAUAUAUUCCUUCUGAGGCAAAUAUUGACUGAAAUAAGGUCUCCAUUCUUAAAAUCCUGUUCCAUGGUAUUAAGCAUUGAAGAAAUAAAAAUGAAAAAAUGUGGUUUUGA